AAUACACAGCACUCUCUGCAACAUCUUAGCGAAGAAUCAGACUAGGAAUUUCUUUCGAUCCACCAGUAUGGUCGCUGCAAAUAAAAUAUUUCGGCAUUUGGCUUUGGUCUUUGUCAUAUGCUUUAUCUCAGCUGAGUCAAGCGAGGAUCCCUUUUGGGGCUUUGCCAACGUGACUUCGGGAGACGAGAACUGUCCUGUGGGCUACACGCUCGUGGGAAGCCAGUGCCUCAUGUUCGUCACCUUCGCUGCACAGAGCCACAUUGAUGCGAGACGAAUGUGUCACUCUGCCUCGGGAGAACUGUUAGCUAUUACAAUGCCUACGCAGUUUGUGCAUGUUGUAAAUUAUAUACACAGUUACGGUUACACUGGACGUUACUUCUGGUUAGACGGAUCAGAUGCGACGGAGGAAGGCAACUGGGUGACUUCUUCUGGUCAACCAAUACCCCGAGGAACUCCCUUCUGGGCGGCCACACAAGAUUUCCAAGAACCUAAUAACUUUAAUGGACAAGAGCAUUGUAUAGAGAUUAAUGCCUAUGAGUAUUACUACUUCAAUGAUGCUCCGUGCUCGCUCGAGAGCAACUUCAUAUGCCAGUACAAGCCUCAAAACCAAGAUUCCCGAGAAUCAAGCACUGCAGAGGUUCUGAAGGCAUCUGAAACUGAAGAUAGCGGUAGCCGGUGUCCAAUCCUUUACGUGGAGGUUGGAGGCCUCUGCCUAUUGUUCAUGACGUGGGCAGAAUUGACCUGGAACGAUGCUCGCCAUUCCUGUGGAGACUCAAGCGACCUCCUGGCGAUCACUGACGCAGAAGUAUUGCGAGCUAUAUGCCUCUACUUGCAUCAAGAAAAUAUAGCAGGCCACAGUUUCUGGCUGGGUGGCUCCGAUUCAGAAGAAGGAAAAUGGUUCUUUACCACAUCGGAGCCUGUUCCUAUGGGCACACCUUUCUGGGGUUUAAGUUCAGGAGACCCAAGCUUUAUCCAGGAACCAAACGGAGGUUAUGAGGAGAACUGCCUGGCGCUCGAGUCUUUAGGAUUUCACUACUUUCGGGAUGUGUCUUGUUCCUCGAAGUUGAACCCACUGUGUGUUUAUCAGGGAUAAGCAAAUAUCAAACUUGGAGUGUACUCUGAACGUCAUACACAAAUGUACGUAUAGUGAGAGUUUUUCUCAUCAUUCUACAGGAAAAUAAUACCUGGUCUAUCAUAAACAUGAUACCAUCAUUCUCUGACCAAUUUCAGGAAGUUAAAACUAGUAUAUCACCUCGAACUCUGAAGUCUCAUUUGGGAAAAAUGAGGUAAAGAGCGCUAAAAAUAUUGUAUCUGCAUUCAAGCCAUACCAUACAUUUGUAAACACAAGGAUUAGGUAUCAGCUGUUGAGAAGAGAAAAAUGGCGAAUCGGAGUCUGGGCCAAGUUCAGUUUUCUUAAAUUUUUGAUUCCUUAUAGUAUUAUCCUCAUAGAUACUAUUAAUUAUACAAUGACUCGAUAGAUAUGCUUUGCAUAAACAGGUAUAAUUCACAUCUUUUAACCAAUAUUUUAUCCAGUUCGUUAUGAAAUUUCCACACAGAGACGAACAAGUGUUUAGAGCAAAUCACAAUAAAUUAUAUUAGGAAUAUG